GAGAGCUAUGUAUAGGACUAAAAGGAGGAUAUGCACCGCAUAUAUCCUCCGCUACCGUGGUUACUUCGAGGCGGAGCCGAGGGGUAUGUAACCACGGUAUUUUUACUGGUUUGUUUAUUAGUUUUCAGAGGCUAGAUUCCUUACUGAAAUGUAAGUGGUUGAGUAGCCUUGCCACUACGACCCACUGAAAUUAGGCCAUUGACGUCAUAAAAUAUCGACGUUUCUCUUCUAAGUAUCAAAAUUAUUGAUAGAGGGUAAGCUGCAUGUGCACAAGUUUUAGUUAGUAGUAUUAUAGACACGACCAUUUUGCUUGUUCAGAUGUUACUAUAUAGACUCAGCAAUAAUUCCCAAAAUCAAUAGCUGGGGAUUUUAUACAUCCUGCUGAUCCAUAACCUGUUGACUAUUGAUAUAUAGCAGUUGAAUGGCCUCAGUCUUUGCUUUGACUAGCCUGAACUUUGGGAACUGUGUAUGACUUAAUUUCACACAUACUAUGGCUGUGCAUAACAAGGGAUUCAUUGCUGUAUUUAAAAGGUUCAAACUCUAGGUAUCAAACAAUUUCAAGUGAGUCGUCAUGACGCCCACACUCUCUUUGCUCGCAUUAUGCAGUUCUGUGCUGCUCGUUCAAGCUCAACUCAACUGUCCGGACAUUUCCGAAGUCUGUGACAGUAAUCCCUGUACAAACGGUGCUCGCUGUCCAAGAUUCCUCAAUUCUGAAUGCAGAGUGAACACUUGUGGUGGAAUAUGCUCACCAACUUUCUUCUUUCGAGGACGCAAUGUCACAAGUCGAUGCGAAACGCUCCGAACAUGUGCGUCAAGAAGAUGUCCUCCUCGUAGGUCGCAGUGUGUUGAUGAGGUAGUGGAGUCUUGCAACAGGAGAGGCCAGUGCAGACAGAGGCUUGAAGGAAGAUGUAUUGUACCUCCCACAACACAGCAACCCAAUACAAUCUCAACUUCAGCCACUCCCCUACCAACUAACAGCACCCCCUUCACUAUGUCACCAACAGAGAAUCCAUUUAUUACCAACCCUUCACCGACUACACCGACUAAUUCUUCUUUAUGUACCCAAGACUGUUCCAGUUUGGGUCUGCAGUGUGUUCCAAUUUCGUCUACUGCAAAUGGCGUAACUAUAGUAACUGGGACAUGUUUGCCACUGUUUGGACGCAAUUGUGAAGACAUUGAUUGCCCUGAUAAUCAAGAGUGCUUUAUACAAUCGUUUGUUGAAAGAAACGUAACAUAUUCGCAAUGUACUCCUCUUUCUGAAACUUUCAUUUUUCGAAUGAUACCGUCAUGUGCAACAACACAAUGCCCUGAGGGAACUGUGUGCAUUGAUUUACGUUUUGGAGGCAUGCAAGUAACGGGGACAUGUUUAACAAUAAACUGUGUGAACAGUAACUCUUGUAACACUCAGUUGGGGGAAGUUUGUACAUUAGUUCCAGAUGAAUUUGGAUUUGACAAUAUCAGUUCUGUCUGCGUUUCAUUUUUUACUCAGUUCGAGUUUGGAAUUGAAACUUGUGAGCAAAAUGGUCGAGUAUGUCCUGGCAUUACAGUUUGUCACGAAGAAUUUCUUGAUGACGUUCUUUUUGGUACCUUAUGCAAUGUUAACCUACUUAACAUGGAUUGCAGUCAAGUUAGCUGCAGUGAAAAUGAACAGUGUGUAAUAACCUCUCUUUUUUCUAGCUCUCAGACUAUAGCUGCCUGUUUCCCAAACAGCAUCUUCCUUAUCCUCUUACAAAUUUUAGAAACCCUCGGUCUAGUGGAAGGUUCAACAACUACUCCACCAAAUACAGUCUCAACUUCAGCCACUCCCCUACCAACUAACAGCACUCCCUUCACUACGUCACCAACAGGGAAUCCAUUUACUACCAACCCUUCACGGACUAUGUGGUAAUCUGGUAAUGUGAUUUAGGAAAUCACCAGAACCUUGGACUUGUAAACAGGAUAUUAAUAGAUGUAGAACCUUCUAGAUGUUAGUGUAGUCUUGUACUAGUUUAAUCUAGUAACUUCUUAUUCUGGAACAUUCUUACUGUUCUGUUUUUGUAUAAUUAUUUGUGCACGUUUUAUAUCUAUCAGAGUUCUAAUUAUUUAAGUUAUUGACUACAAGACAUUACAGACUACACCGACUAAUUCUUCUUUAUGUACCCAAGACUGUUCCAGUUUUGGUCUGCAGUGCAUUCCAUUUCCGCUUACUGUAAACGGCGUAACUACAGUAACUGGGAUAUGUUUGUCACCGAUUGGACGCAAUUGUGAAGACAUUGAUUGCGCUGAUAAUCAAGAGCGUAGUAUACUAUCGUUUCCUGAGAGAAAUAUAACAUUUUCGCAAUGUACUCCUUCUGAUAAUUCCACACAAAUGAUUACUAUGUUCUCAUGUGCAACAACACAAUGCCCUGAGGGAACUGUGUGCAUUGAUUUACGCUCUGGAGACACGCAAGUAACGGGGACAUGUUUAGCAACAAACUGUGCGAACACUAACUCUUGUCAGUUGGGUGAUGUCUGCACAUUAGUUCCAGAUGAAUUUAGAUUGGACAAUAUCAGUUCUGUCUGCGUUCCAGGUUCUGUUCAGUUCCAGUUUGGAACCGAGACGUGUGAGCAAAGUGAUCAUGUAUGUCCAAGUCGUACGAUUUGUCAAGAAGCAUUUCUUGAUGACCUUCUCGGUACCAUUUGUGUGGUUAGUCAACCUCCUACGGAUUGCAGUCAAGUUAACUGCAGAGAAGAUGAAGAGUGCUUAGUAGUAACGUCUUUUGCUUCACGCUCUUCAGCUCACUGUCUUCCGAAUAAUACUUUCCCUCUCAUCUUACCAAGUUUGGAAUUCCUUGGUAUAGUGGAAAGUUCAACAACUACUCCUACUUCAGUUACCCCAACAGAAUUACUUACAACCCUCUCCGGCACUCUUGUUCCACCAACACCCCUGUCAAAUACGAGUUGUCCCUUCACUUGCUCGUUUGGAACAACUUGUGAGUUUUUAAAUGGAUUCCCAACCUGUGUACAACCAACAACAUGCACAAACGAUUUUACUGCAUUCUGUAUGCAAACCGGUUCUGUUUGUCGAGAAUCCAAUGGCACAUCACGAUGUGUUUCUCCAAGCAGCUGUGAAGAACUAGCGACUGUGUCACCAUGCCCUAAUGGAUCGCAAUGUUUUGUAAUACCUCCGUUUAUAUUUCCAGGCCUUAAUGAUACCACAGCAACCUGCUUGCCUCUGAUUGGUCGUAGCUGUGAAGAGAUAACUUGUAGUGAAAAUGAAGUGUGCAUAGUGACAGAGCUGGCAGAGAGGGAAUUGACAGCUGCUCAAUGUGAACUAUCCCGAAAUGUAAUCUCCCUUAUACCUGAGACGUGUGCUACUCUGCAAUGCAACGAGGGAAGCAUGUGUGUCGAUCUACAGAUAAAUGGAUUCCCUGUGACAGGUGCAUGCCUAGAAACAAACUGUGGAAACAGUGGAAAUAACACAGCAUGUGAUGGUGGUAGUAGGUGCAUCGAGGUGCCUUCCGAAUUUGAAAUACCGGCAGAAUCGCUGUGUGUUCCUUUUAAUGUGGCUCCUCAGUUUGGAACUCAGACAUGUGCUGAAAAUGGACGAGUCUGCGAGUCGUUCCAAGUUUGCAACGAGGCAUUCAUUAAUGGUAGUAUAAUUGGUACGGCUUGUAGCCAGUUUUCAAGUAUCAUUGCUUCAACUUGCCAAGACUCCAUGUGUGGAGAUGGUGAAGAAUGUAUACUUACAACAGUCGAGGGCUUUGGGACAGUGCAGAAUUGUCUAUCUACUGACGCUGCUGAUACAUCAGCAAUGUUUUUUGAGUUUAUUUUCGCAAACAUUUAAUCACAUUUUUGCAUACCUCUUUUAUGGUAGCUAUAUACAAAUACUGUUUCAUUGUGCUUGCAUGUAUAAUUAACAUUCCUUCUGGAUCACCGCUGUAUAGCUGUAAA